CCACGCGCUCACUAAGUCUAGUUAGUGCGCGUUUUUCCUGCAGUUCCCGUCGGAAAUCCAGUCGGGAUCGCGACAGAAAUGGACCGAAAAACCCAAAGAAAAUAAUAACUGCGAACGUGAUAAUGUAACGUGCUGAAAUAAAACAACAUAUACGUUUCGUGCAUCACCUGUACGAGGAAACUUUAGGAUUUACGGAUUUCGCUUUUCGAUUCAAGAGCAAAGAAUGGCCCCAACUGCGACGCUGAUCGCUGCACCGAACGCUCUGUCGAAGGGCGUGCAGUUGAAGAGGCAGCAGGAUUACGGUAACUCGUACUACCCUCAAAACUGGCUGCACUAUUUGGCUUUAGAGCAGACGAACGAACCUCCGUAUCAGGCUAAAGUGAUUUCUCCGUCUUGGAGUUCGUUUUCGGGAGCACCGAGAUACGGCGGUUACGGCAUCUACGGAACAACCUUCUCCACGUCUCCCGCAAUGCAAGCAACAGAUCCCAUCUGCGAAUUGACCGAUCAACUGUCCGAGCUGGCCGUGGUCGAUCGGAGGAACCUGAAGCAACCACCUGCAACUUACCUGUGUCAUCAGUGCUUCCAGAAGGGCCAUUACAUCAAGGAUUGUCCGCAGCUUUUCCAGGCGCGUCCGAAGGGCGAGGGAAAGACGCCCUAUCAGGGCAGGAAGCGCUGCUUCGGCGAGUACAAGUGCCCCAAGUGCAAGAGGAAGUGGAUGUCCGGAAACUCGUGGUCGAACAUGGGGCAGGAAUGCAUCAAAUGCCACAUCAACGUUUACCCCCACAAACAGAGGCCUUCAGAGAAACCCGACGGUUUGGACGUCUCCGACCAAUCCAAAGUCCAUCCUCAACAUCUAUGCCAGAAGUGCAAAGAACUGGGUUACUACUGCAGACGAGUGCAAUAGGCGAUUCGAAAACUUAUUCUACUAUUAUUAUUAUUUACACUCCUCAUUUAUUUUACACAA